AUGACCGGCCGCCGCCGCCUCCUGGGGCUCCUCCUCGCCUUCGCCGCGCUGCUGGGCGCAGGUCAUGGGGACGACCCAGGUGACUUCAGCCUAGAAGAUGCCCUGUAUGACCUCAGCACCAAGCGACCCACUCCCAAGGGCCCCAGAAAGCCGGCAGGUGAGACAGGCUUUGAUUUGGCUGAUUACUUUGACACCCCUCUGGAGACUACCACCAAACCAGCCAAGCCGACUCCAAAGCCUUUCCCCAGGCCAGGGAAGCCAGACAACAGCUUUUGGGAUGUCAUCCGCACCACCACGACCAAGCAGCCAAAAACUACGAGGGCCCCCCCCAAGCCUAACCCAGCAAAGAAUCCUAUGGAUUUUGACUUGGCUGAUGCCCUUGAUGAUAAGAACGAUGGGAAAGAUGCUGGGAGGCCGGACGUAAGGCCAGGUGAAGCAUUUUCGGAUGACGACCUGGCCGGCAUCGUGGACGGCGGCUACAGCCCGGACAAGAAGAAAGGUGCCGGGGGCAGCACCGACAGUGACUAUGGCGGAGGGAGAGUAGCAGAGACGGGGACGAUCGCCGGCAUCGCCAGCGCCCUGGCCAUGGCCCUCAUUGGGGCCGUCUCCAGCUACAUCUCCUACCAGCAGAAGAAGUUCUGCUUCAGCAUCCAGCAGGGACUUAAUGCGGAAUAUGUGAAAGGAGAAAACAUGGAAGCUGUCGUAAGCGAGGAACCCCAAGUUAAAUAUUCCGUACUGGAAACACAGUCAGCAGAACCACCAAAACAAGACAGUGCGAAGUUGUAAAGCAUGACCCGGGGCUAGCAAAGAAUCAGUCAGCAGCGAAUGGAGAUCCUACAUGCUUGUAAUUUAGCUUUUUAUUUAAUUUGACUCCAAAGCUAUUUAAUGUAUACGUAGGCUUGAACUGGCUUCUUAUUGCUCUAGGCUUUAGGGUUAGCGUGGUAGUAUGUGUUUAUUUUUUUGUAAAGAGGUAUAUGUUUACAUUGAAGUAAUGUUGUAGGUUUGAUGUCCAGUAGUAUACCAACCGACAGAAGAUGCGUCAGUAGUGGUCGAUUUUCCAUUAAGGGGCAAGAUCUUUGUCAAGGAGCAGAAGAGCUUACAGGUGUGAGGACAGUGAAGUGCCUGUACAUAGCAAUCCAAAGCAAACCAUUCAAAGCCCUUUGUAAAGCACCUCCAGCCAACUUCUGCCAUCAGCUGUGGGCACGUCACUUCCAACGGCAGUGAUGAAGACGGCACAUUUCCUGAGGGUAGAUUGCGGUCCUUAGCGUAGCUACACCUAAAAAUGAAGUGCCUAUGGGUAGGUCCUCGGCGGGGCCUUGGGCUGAGGCAGGUGACUCCCUGCUCCGAAGCCAGGAGUUGAGGAUGCUUCACCACCGCGCAGCACUGGGCUUCUAACCACGUAAAAGGACCUGAUUUUCACGCCAAGUCAUAAAUACAGGUAAAAGCCGCGGGUGCAGCGUUCACUUUUAGCAAAUACCAUUUGAAUGCUUGGCUAUGCUAGAGAUGGGAACGGAGCUGGAGCUGCCAAGCGAUGCAAUUUGUCUGUGCGACGUGAGAUACCUACAUUGUCACCGAAAUGAAAACUCGGUGUGUUUGGAUGCUUUCAAGGAGAGGUUCAGAUCUCAUUCACACUAGAACAAAGUACAGAUUUAACCCAAAAGGAAACACAGUAUGUAUCCGUUAGGUCCCGUAACACUCACCACCACAAGAGAAGUCAAGCUCAGCAAGAUGCAGUCCCCCCACCUUCUCCUUUUACCAUCAACGCAACUAUUGAGAGUGCUCCCUGGCACCCGAGGCAGAAAAAGGAUAUAAAGCUUUGUCCUUUGUAUCACUGACUAACCUUUAAAAAAGGCGGAAUCUCCUGAGAGGAUGGGUCCUCCAUCGCCAUCCUGCGUGGGGUUCCUGCAGCUUUCUGGGAAGCAUGGGGCUGGGAGCGGUGCUGAGCGGGACUCUGGGCUGCCGCCGCGGCAGCACCGCGAUCCCACGUGAGCGCAGCCCUCUUCGACGUUGUGGAACCGGUAUCGAGACCCGACCUUCGCUAUCUUGCAAGAAUUUGUGUUUAAGUUUCUAAUCCCUCCCCUACCCUUUUUUAUCACUGUGAAAAUGUGGAUACUGCCACUUAACCAAAUCAACGAUUAAUUGCUUAAAAAGCGUGCAUCAAGUGAAGGAAAAUUCACUUUACGUGGUGUAAGAGGUACUCACUAUUUAUAUAUAAACCUGAAAUGUGUGCAUUUUGUACUGUUUUGCAAAUCCCAUAUUUUGUGAAUGUGUAUGUAAAAAAAAAGCCUUUCGGUUUGAUGUACGAAUUCACAGCUUUCAGGCAGACACGACUUACAGAAGGCCUUGCCAGGAGGUGAAUCAGCCUAGGAGCAUUGCUGCCUAACAGCUCCAUUUGAAAGGAUAUUGCCUAGUAACAUGGUUAAGUAUUUUGCAAUAGCUGCACAAUUCUUUAUGCUCUUUUUAACACUUGCAUUUUUAAAGCCUUACACUAGCUCUAGCAGAACAGCUACAGUGUUUUAUAAGGGAGACGAGUUCUAGGGAUAAGUGGUGCCUCACGUGUAUUCAGAACGCUUAGGCUACCACAAUACUGCUACUAACUACUGCUGCUUUGUUUUAUGAAUGUGUUUGGAUUAGAAAACAGAAUAUUUAAUUAUUGGCUGCUCAGAGAUUGGAAGCAGAGGAAACAGAGAUGGGAUGCACUCUGCCUUUGCUUACUCCCCGAGGAUUUCCACGGAGGAAGCGUGGUCUGCACGAUUUGGACCAUCACGUGCAGCCGCUCAGAUGCCAACGAAGCCACGCAGCUGAGUUUGUGUAUCUCUACUCCCAAACACUGUUGCCUGUUUUUCUUUCUUAGCCAAACACAUUUGAAAGCUGUAGCAUGAAAAAUGUUUUCAGAAAGUUAUUGCAGAUGAAGUGCUACAACAUGGCAUUGAUGAACGCUAGGAGCCGUUUUCCUUGCUUAGAUCAAGUGACCGUGAUUCCAUUUCUCCCUUUGCCGAUGACUGUGUUUUCUGUAGAUGCAGAUCAUCAGUUUUACCGUAUUUCUGAUGCCGUGCCCUCCCCGUUUGUCCACUGGACAGUGCAAUGGAGUGCCCAGCAUUGCUUAAAGAAUAUAGCGCCUACCCCUCCUUUGGGAAACUCUUACACUAGAACAUAUGAGAAACACGUGUCUAAUUCACAAAUACUGCAGUUUUAAAAAAAAAAAAAAAAAAAAAAAAGCUGUUUCACUGAAAAAACCCACCCAGCUUUUAGAACUCAGAAGUUGCUCCUUUCCCCCAAGGCCUUUUCUAUGACUUUGGUGAAUACUUAGCUUUAGUGUAAUUUCUAGAUAUGUGGAAAACCAUAAAUGCACAGUGAAAGGGAGCACUUUUUCAAAGAUGUACACUAAGAGAAUUCAAGAUCUCUUUCUCUAGGAUUUCAAAUAGGAAACUAUUGACAAAUACCACAGUAAUUAAACUUGGUCUUCUCUUCAAACCUGGGCAAAAGUCAAAGUCUUAAUGUGCUAGAUGUUUGUAAAGGCUCAAAUUGCUCUUUUAUUGCAGUCUGUCUCCUUCUCCAUCUGAACUGUCAGACCAGUCUCUGAGAAGUAAGGAGUUCAUACAUCCUCUGUAUUUUAGGCAUUAUAGCAACUGAGAGGAUUCCUGUGUAUUUUCUUAGUAGUGAUCCAAAUUCUGAAACAACUGACCCAGCACUAACCUCUCUAACUACUUUCAUUUAAUUGGUAUCUAGUCUCUUUAAAUCUGGAUCUGGGCUUUUUAAAAAUCCUGCACUUUAGGUUCUGUAUACAUGGUAUGAACUUUCUCAUUCUUUAUUAAAAAAGGCCAUAAAACAAUGGAAAACUGGGAUUUUUUUUUUUCAUGAAUCCAAAACCUAUAAGCUGAACUCUUAGCUGCCCUGAGAGUUUAUGUACUACCCGUGCCGUGACCUCUUAUCACACCUCACUUCUUCAAGGUUGACUAAAGCUAUUUUUUAAUGAAAUGAUUGAGAAAAGGUUUCUCAAUUACAGAGAAAACAGAGAACUGAAAGAAUUUAACUAGCUCUUCUCUUGUUGUUUAUUCUAUCAAUUACUUGCAUUUUCCUUUGGCAAUAUUGUAGCAGUUUCUUCACUGGAGAUUUGGCAGUACUGUAGUAGUUUCUUUUGUUUAGAUUCUUCAGUCGAGAAUACUCUGACAUGAAUUUCAGGUAUUUUGGCACUAUGAAUUCAGCCAUUUUCAUGUAACACCACUAAGGAACCCUUACAAGUGCUAUAAUGCCAUUCUUAACUACUCAUUUGUUGUGAUAACAAUGGAACUAGUCCAUAAUACCAUUUCAAAUUCUGAAAAAGUAAGAUGAGUCGACAGGCUAAGGCUUUAAAAAUUUGCUUCUGCAACAAAGGAGGUUCAGGAACAAAUGAAAUUCAGAAACAACGGUGGUGUGAAAUUAGAGAACACUUUCUUUUGAGUGAAGUCCUUACUUAAAAGCAAGGCGUAUUGUUUGCUGAUGCAGAAGUGAUCUAUACCAAAUGAAGGCUGAAUGUUAUGCUGUAAGAAAACAAGAUUCAUUUUGCUAAUGUGCAUGUAAGGAUCAUGGGGGUAAAAAUCAGAAUUUGACUACCAUUGGAAAGCACUAAAUAAAACAAAUUGAC